AUGGCUCUCGCUCCUACACCAUCUCUCUGGCCACGAGCCUACAACAGUGGUCUGGAAGGAAUGACCACAGGGCCCACUUUCAGCACCAGUAACUCCACCCACAGCAGGACACUGGCCAUGUUCACCUUCCCCACCACUGUCGUCAUCAGUCUCUUGGGGCUGCUGGGGAACGGGGCUGUCCUCUGGCUCCUGGGUUUCCGCAUCAGGAGGAACGCCUUCUCUGUCUACAUCCUCAACCUCGCAGGGGCAGACUUCACCUUCCUGUGCUGCCAACUCUUCUUCGUCUUGACUGAUAUUCUAACAAAUUCUUAUGACAUCUCCUUGUCAACUCUUCACUUCAAGGUCGAGUGGCCCUUUUACACCACCUUCCCGAUAGCAAAACUUGUGGCCCCAAUAGCGUUUUCCUCAUACACCAUGGACCUGAGCCUCCUGGCUGCCAUCAGCACUGAGCGCUGCCUCUCCGCGGUCUGUCCCGUCUGGUACCGCUUCCACCGCCCAAAGUACAUGUCCACCAUCAUAUGCAUCCUGCUCUGGACCAAGUCUCUGCUGGUGUGCACGCUGACAGGAAACAGCUGUGGCUUCCUGUUCCAAAGCUACAGUGAGACGGCAUGCUACACUCUCACUGUGGUUAGUGUCGUGCUCGUUUUCCUCUUGGUCUCUGUGAUGUGUGUGUCCAGCUUGACUCUGCUCCUCAGGGUCCAAUGUUCAUCCCAGAGACAUCAUCCCACGAAGAUUUAUAUUGUUAUCCUGCUCACCGUUCUUGUAUUCCUUCUCUGUGGCCUCCCCUUUGGAAUGUACUGGCUACUUCUACACUGGUGGAAAAAAACCACACUCCAACCCUUGAACCUUCCCUACUAUCUCAUUGACAUCCUGUCCUGCCUGAACAGCAGCAUCAACCCCAUAAUUUACUUCUUUGUUGGGAGCUUCAGGCAGUGGAGGAAGCGGGAGUCCCUCAGGGAGGUCCUGCAGAGGGCUCUAGGGGACGAGGCAGAGGUGGGUGUGGGAAAUGGGUGCUCCCACACGGACAUGGUGGAGGUGUCUGUCUGA